UAGAGCCCCGCGCUGCGCGGAUGGCCCUGCUUCCGCGCCCCGCGCUCACCCUCCUGUUCCUCCUCAUGGCCGCUGUUGUCAGGUGCCAGGAGGAGGCCCAGACCACCGACUGGAGGGCCACCCUGAAGACCAUCCGGAACGGCGUUCAUAAGAUAGACACGUACCUGAACGCUGCCUUGGACCUCCUGGGAGGCGAGGACGGUCUCUGCCAGUAUAAAUGCAGUGACGGAUCUAAGCCUUUCCCACGUUAUGGUUAUAAACCCUCCCCACCGAAUGGAUGUGGCUCUCCACUGUUUGGUGUUCAUCUUAACAUUGGUAUCCCUUCCCUGACAAAGUGUUGCAACCAACACGACAGGUGCUAUGAGACCUGUGGCAAAAGCAAGAAUGACUGUGAUGAGGAAUUCCAAUAUUGCCUCUCCAAGAUCUGCCGAGAUGUACAGAAAACACUAGGACUCACUCAGCAUGUUCAGGCAUGUGAAACAACAGUGGAACUCUUGUUUGACAGUGUUAUACAUUUGGGUUGUAAACCAUAUCUGGACAGCCAACGAGCUGCAUGCAGGUGUCAUUAUGAAGAAAAAACCGAUCUUUAAAGGAGAUGCUGACAGCUGGUGACAGAUGAAGAUGGAAGAACAUCACCUUUGACAAAUAAUUAAUGUUUUUACAACAUAAAACUGUCUUAUUUUUGUGAAAGGAUUAUUUUGAGACCUUACAAUAAUUUAUAUCUUGAUGUUAAAACCUCAAAGAAAAAAAAGUGAGGGAGAUAGGGGAGGGCACACUUGUCUUCUCAGGUAUCUUCUCCGGCAUUGCUUCCUAACUUAUUAUGCCAAACGUCUUGACCAAUAUCAAAAACAAGUGCUUGUUAAGCGGAGAAUAUUUGAAAAGAAGAAUAUAAACUUAAUUUUCACAACCGUAUUUACCAAAAAGAUCAAAUAUAAAAUUCAUAAGGUCUAUGCAACAUUAUCUUAUUUGGAAAUAUGGGGAAAUUAUUACUUACAAGUAUUUGUUUAGUAUGAAAUUUUAAAUACACAUUUAUGCCUAGAAGGAACGGACUUUUUUUUUCUAUUUUAAUUACACAUAAUAUGUCAUUAAAGUACAACAUAAUAUGUUGUUUCUCUGUAGCCCGUUGAGCAUAUGAGUAAGUCCCAUUUCCAUUAGGACUACUUACAAGGACAAGGUUUCCAUUUUUCCAGUUGUAAAAUUGGAACCAUCAGCUGAUAACCUCGUAGGGAGCAAAUCCAGGAUAGCUGAGUAUUAUGUAAUAUGCCUAGAAGGUGAUGUGAAUGUGAUUCAGAAGCAUAGCCACUCCUAUUUUAUGAGCUACUCACAUGACAAAUGUUAUCUUUUGCUAUAACCUUUGUUAAGUUGGAGAAAAGAUGGAUUUAAUGAGAUAAAUGAAAAGAUACUUAACAUAAUACAUCAAGGCACUAUUUGCUGUUAUGCCUUGUUAUUUAUUUCCCAGCACUUGUUUCUUGUCAUAGAUUUUUUAAAGACUAUAACCUUUUACUAACUGUGGUCUUACUAAAAUUUGUGCUUGAUACUGCUUUUCAGUAUCAAAGCAUCCCUUUAACUAGAGCCAAAGGGAUGGAAAAGGCAAGAUAUAAAUAACUGCCUCUUGUAGAUCUCCUAUUUAUAUUGAAAAUUAUUACCAUAUGUUUAGAGCAAAUCCCAGAAAAUUUCAACAGCUUCUGAAGAUGUCUAUGAAUGUGGAAAACUUUUCAAUCUCUUGGAAUGCUCAGUUAUGUUCCUAGACUGGUCUUUUCUGACUACUGGUUGUUAACCUUUCCGUAGCCCAGGACCUCAAGCCAUAUAUAUCCUUUGGGUAUAACCCAUGGCCAAAGUUAUUAAGAUGAAAUGACUUUCAAAGUCAGAGAAGGACAGCAUAGGGAGAGGCGGUUCUUUGUAAGUCAUUACAGGUAGAACAGGGAAGAAGGAAAAAUAUGUUCUGCAGAAAGGGCCAUGUUCCUAACUUUGGAGAUGUGUCAUUGCCAGGAACCUAGUAUCUUCCAACUUGAAUUGGUGGCAGCUGUUCCACUGAGACAAGGCGCAUGUAUGCCUUGUGGCUAAGUGAGCAAACUGGGCUUCCUCUUAAAUGUUUGGAAUCCUCAAUUGAUUCUUUAUUUCAAACCUUUAUAAAAGAUACAGUUUUGUAAGCCAUUAUUAAUAAUUAAUGCUUAUCGGCCAGGCAUGGUGGUUCAUGCCUGUAAUCCCAGCACUUUGGAAGGCUGAGGCAGGUGGAUCACUUGAGGUCAGGAGUUUGAGACCAGCUGGCCAACACGGCGAAACACCAUCUCUACUAAAAAUAGAAAAAUUUGCCGUGCGUAGUGGCGCAUGCCUGUAGUCUUAGCUACUCAGGAGACUGAGGCAGGAGAAUCACUUGAACCCAGGAGGUGGAGGUUGCAGUGAGCCAAGAUCGUGCCACUGCACUCCAGCCUGGGCAACAGAGCAAGACUCUAUCUUAAAAAAAAACAAAAAAAAACUUAAUGGUUUAUCAAUAUUUAUUAUUGAAAUAUUUGUCCAGAUAACUUUACACUUAUAAUGAAUUCAUGGAUUUUGUUAGCAGCAUUGGCUUUCUCAAAAGGACAAACUCAGAAUAUCUUUAUAAAAUAUAAUUCAUGAUCACAAAUUACACAAAAAUCAGUAGAAACAGUUUUUAUGUUCAGAUUUUUAAAAAAACUUGGAAUACUUUUAGAUUUACAGAGAAGUUGCAAAGAUACAUGGAGCACUUCUGUGACCACUCACCCAGUUCCCCUAGUGUUAACCUUUUAUUUAACCGUGAAGAAUUUGUCAGAAGCUAAGUAACCAAUAUUGGUAAUUACUAUUAACAGAACUUGACUUUAUUUUUCAGAUUGUGCUAGUUUUUUAAUUAAUGUCAUUUUUCUUUUCCAGGAUCCAGUCUAGGAUACCACACUGAAUUAGUCAUCAUGCCUAAUUAGUCUCUGGUCUGUGAUAGUUCCACUGUCUUUCUUUUUCAUAAACUUGACAGUUUUGAGGAGUACUGAUCAGGUGUUUUGUAGAAUGUGCCUCAAUUUGAGUUUGUCUGAUGUUUUCUUCAUGAUUAGAGUGGGGUUAUGGAUUUUUUGGAAGAAUACCAGAGGUGAAGGUCCUUCUCACUGCAUCAUGUCAGGAGUUACAUGCUAUCAGCUUGAUGGUGUAUUAACUUUGGACACUUGGUUAAGGUAGUGUGUGUUGCUUUUUGCUGCUGAAAAUUACUGUUUAUUUUCCCUUUCCAUACUUCUGUUCUUUGGAAAACAGUCACUAAGUCCAGUCAUGGGAGGUGGUGGGUGGGGAAGAUUACAUUCAACCUCCUGGAAGUGGGACUAUCCAUAUGUAGUAUUUGGAAUUUUUGCAUAUGGGAAAUUUGUCUCUCUCUCCCACUCUAAUUUGUUUAUAUCAGUAUGGACUCAUGUAUAUUUUGUAUUUUGGGUAACACAGUAUUUAUUUGUUGCUUAAAUUGUCCAGCUUGGCUAUUAGGAGUUCUGCCAGGUUGGCUGCUAUGUCCCUUUGAUGUGCCCAUCCUUUUGAUUUUUGAGCACUUCCUUGCUUUCUGGCACUACAAGAUGCUCCAGGUUCAUCUUGUAUAUUCCCUGCCCCAAUGCUAGAAUCCCUAGAAUCAACCCCUCCUCCAAAGAGCCCUGGUUCCUUUUGUUGGAGAAUCAUACUUAGAAACCAAGAACUGGGCAUUAGAUGUGCUUGUUGCUACUGGGAUGUCAUUGUUUGCAGCAGAAUUGAGAAAUACGUAGGUAUAUUAACCCAUGCAUAUGUACACAUCUGUAAUUAUUAUUGUAGGUGUGUACACAGCUCAAUGUGAGUUUGUACUGCUGUCUUCAACUCAAAAUUUGUCCCAACAUUUUAUGGCAUAUAUUUAGAUUUUGAAGUUGAUAUUUUCCCAAUUGACAGAAUAAACUCAUUAAAAGCGCAAAAAACCGAGAACUAACUUUCAGCAGCUCUUUGCAAGAAAUGUAAUAUUGAUACUUUAAAAUAAUACUGCCUUCAAAUGAUGCCUGUCUCUUUAAAAUCUUUUGGCAUAGUUCUUCCAGGGACAGAUAUGGCGGUAUUUAUUUCAUAAAUGGAAAAACUGAGCACAGAGCUGUAAUGAAGACAGAAUUGAGAUAUGAGGGCAAAAGCUAAUUAAACACAUCUUCACAGGUAGCCUUUCUUUCAGUGAACCUGUAGACUAGUCCAGUAAUACUCAUUAAAAUUAGUUGUUAGAGGCUGGGCAUGGUGGCUCAGGCCUGUAAUCCUAGCACUGUGAGAGGCCAAGGCAGGCAGAUCACUCGAAGUCAGAAGUUCGAGACUAGCCUGGCCAACAUGGCAAAACCCUGUCUCUACUAAAAAUACAAAAAUUAGCUGGGCAUGGUGGGACACACCUGUAAUUCCAGCUACUCAGGAAGUGAAGGCACAAUAAUUGGUUGAACCUGGGAAGCAGAGGUUGCAGUGAGCUGAGGUUGCACCGCUGCACUCCAGCAUGGGCGUCAGAACAAGACUCUGUCUUGGAAAGAAGAAACAAAUUGUUAGCCUAAAACCCACUCUCUCUAAAUUUAAAAGAGUGAUUAUUUCUUUCAGUAUUUAUAGAAGUAUGAGAUUAUCAGAAGGUGUGAUGCACAAUGCUCAUUAUUUUAUCACAGUACAAGACAGGUAUAACAUCUAACAGUAAAGAAGAUGGAAUCUUUCUAUAAAAAUUCUGUUAUUAAUAGUUGACUGACUUCAGUAACUUUGAGGAGUAGAAUGAAACUUAUUAGGCAAGAUCUUUUCACAUACACUAUGUUGCAUUGUUCAACAUUCAUAGAAAUUACUUGCAAUAUAUUGAUUUAAGCCUUAUGUGGUGACUGGUGCUAUAUUUGAAGUAGCAUUUUUAGUUUGCUGUUUUUCCUCACUGCUUAAUCCUACAAAAACCAACCAUCUGCCUAAAAAAUAAAAGAGCAAAAAUGAGUCAGUGCAACCAGUAUAUGAAAAAUAAUAGUUAUUAAUAAAACUAUAAGGGGA